UCUGUAGAUGAAAUCGUCCGUUGAUCGCUUUUAAUCGUUCAUCCUGGUGUGCAGUGUCCUUGGAGAACAGCAACAUGACGAGCUACACUGACAAAGGGGAAAAGCCAGAAAAAGGCAAAUUUCUGCGAUUCCACCAUUUGAAGUUCUGGGUGGGAAAUGCUAAACAGGCGGCAACCUUCUACUGUGACAAGAUGGGCUUUGAGCCUCUAGCCUAUAAAGGUUUGGAAACGGGCAGCAGAGAGCUGGUGUCCCAUGUUAUCAAACAAGACAAGAUUAUCUUUGAAUUUGUGUCUCCUCUAAAUCCUGGAAAUGAUGAGAUGGGGAAACACUUCAUCAAACACGGGGACGCUGUUAAGGACAUCGCCUUCCAAGUAGAAGACUGUGACUUUUUAGUCCAGAAAGCCAGAGAGAGAGGAGCAGGGAUUGUUAAAGAACCGUGGAUAGAACAGGACAAGCAUGGCAAAGUAAAAUAUGCUGUGAUACAAACGUAUGGAGAUACCACCCACACGUUAGUGGAGUACCUGACUCCGUAUAAAGGUCUGUUUCUACCUGGCUAUCAAGAGCCUCUCUUCAGGGACCCACUGCUCCCUAAACUGCCUCCAGCCUACCUGAGCUUCAUCGACCACAUUGUUGGAAACCAGCCAGAUGAUGAAAUGGUGCCAGUAUCAGACUGGUACCAGAAGUGUCUGAUGUUCCACCGGUUCUGGUCCAUAGACGAUAAACAGAUCCACACCCAGUACAGCUCUCUCAGGUCUAUUGUGGUCACCAACUAUGAGGAGACCAUCAAAAUGCCUAUUAAUGAGCCGGCGCCUGGGAAAAAAAAAUCACAGAUCCAGGAGUAUGUUGACUAUAAUGGAGGACCUGGAGUUCAGCAUAUUGCCCUGAACACGUCAAACAUCAUCCAAGCAAUAGUGAACCUGAAAGCCCGGGGCAUGGAGUUCCUGUCCACUCCAGACACCUAUUACGACACUCUGCGUGAGAAGCUCAAGACGGCCAAGAUCAAAGUGAAGGAGGACCUGAAGACCCUGCAGGAGCUUAAAAUCUUAGUCGAUUUUGACGACAUGGGCUACCUGCUCCAGAUCUUCAGCAAACCUGUGCAGGACAGACCUACCCUGUUCCUAGAGGUCAUCCAGAGGCAUAACCACUUUGGUUUUGGGGCUGGAAACUUCAAAUCCCUGUUUGAGGCCAUCGAGAAAGACCAAGAUGCCAGAGGAAAUCUCACUGUCCUCAAUGCUGAUGGCAAUGCCAAGAUUUUUAAUUAACAAAUUGGCACAAAAGCCUGCAACUGAUAGAAUAAGUCAUGUAUAGAUUAGCAAAUGACUAAUAAUAUUGCAGGAAAGUGCAGAAUAAAAUCUGACAAAGCCACCAGUUCACAAACUUUAACCUCACAAAGAUUUUGCACUUGCAGUCACAUAAGAGAAACUGUAAGGUCUUAUCAAUAAAACCAUUGUGACGGUGAAAAAA